AUGGACAUAGUGCCGAGUAUAACCGAUUUGUAUAAAGAGAAUAAUUGGAAGGAAAUUGUCCACAAGUAUCACGACCAUCCAGACAGGAAUAAACUGCUAUGGGUUUACCCCAGUGAAGAAAAUUUUGAAUUUUUGAAGUUAUGUUUGAAUAAUUUAUGCUGUGACAGGAUUUUUAGUGUAGGCUGUGGAAGCGGCCUCUUGGAGUGGAUGGUUACCCAGGCUACGGGUAUUCCAGUGUCGGGCAUUGAGGUAGACAGUGCGUGGUGGCGAUGCAAGUACGCCCCGCCCACUUUUAUCCCCCUCCACCUCACACCACUAGAAUUAGACAAGGACACUAUUAAUAUCCUCCAGACAAACAAAACAGCUGCUCUCUUAUUUUGUUACUUCAACAAUCGAAAAUCCUUCGAAGAUUACUUACACUACUUUACAGGAAAUGUUAUGAUCAUUAUUGGACCCCAUGAAAAAGGGGUGCAUACGGACCCCUUGCCCUUUGGAGAUGUCGGUGACGACUGGGUCCUGUACAAUUCUCAAGAAAUCAGGAACAGUGGAGAUUACAUAGUUGUGUAUAAAAAGACAAUAUAG